UGGCUGCAGCUUUCAGUGUUUGCUGUGGAGACUGACAGAGAUUCAGUGCUGAAUCAUCUCCUCCCAGGAUCCUGAUCCCCUGCCAUCAGACCCAGACUCCCAGCCAUUCGGCAACAGGCAAAGGGAACAAUAUUUUGGUUGCCUCUCUGGGCCAGGUGUGGAAUGUGAAACGGCAGUGUGUACCCAGGGCCAUGGAGAGCAGCUCAGUGGAGGCUGGGUCAGGCCUUUGCUCCAGCCCCCCUCCUGACUGCCCAGAACAGUCAGACGUGCAGCAGGAUGGCAGGGAGGCUGAUCCCAUCUUCCUUGACACGGAUCUUCAUGCCAACAUGGGCGAUGGUGACUCCAGCUCUGAAUAUGUGAACAACACAUCAGAGGAAGAGGACUAUGAUGAAGGUGUUCCUGAGGAGGAGGGUGUGACCUAUUACAUCAGGUACUGUCCUGAGGAAGAUAGUUACCUGGAGGACAUUGGAUGUACUGGAAGCAGCUGUGUGGCCCCCACCAUCACGGCCCAGCCUGAUGAUAGCCAGCCAGCAGACAACAAGACACGGGCAGAGUCAGAUGGUCUCUGCCAAACCAUGGUGGAGGGGUCUGAAGAACAUGUAUGUGCCCAAGAGCCAGAGGAUUCGGUCCUUGCAACCCAGCCUGCAGUGAGCAGAGAGGCAACUGGCAACAGUGAAGGAACCCCAUGGGGUUACUCCCCCUCCCGGCCUAACCCUCUGUCCCCACGCACAUCCCAAUGCAGCAAGUCAGAAACAGAGCCAGAGGAUGUGGAGGAGGACAUUGACCAGAUUGUAGCUGAAAUCAAAAUGAGCAUGAGUACAAGCAGCUUAAACAGCGUUGGUGAGCAGAGCCCUGGGGAAAGUAAGGCAGACACAGAGUUACACAGUGUGAAAGAAGAGGGCUGGCCAAGACUGUGCCUGACCUCACCCACCGAUGGCAACAGUGGUGAUGCUUCACUCAGUGACAAAUCUGGAGCCAAGGGAUCUGAUCAAUGGAAGCAGAGAAGUACUGGACAGGACACAGGGCAGCCACGGAAACAGCAACGUUCUGACCUCAAUGGCCCCGUCAACAACAACUAUGUUUGUGAGCAAACGAAGACACCAUCCUCCUUUCCCAACUUUGUAGAUGUUCCAGGCCCUUGUGAGCCAGAAGAUUUGAUUGAUGGGAUCAUUUUUGCAGCCAAUUACCUGGGCUCAACACAGCUGGUGUCUGAACGCAAUCCUUCCAAACACAUACGUAUGAUGCAGGCCCAGGAGGCAGUGGCCCGCGUUAAGAGGGUGCAGAAGACAUCAAAACCCAAGAAAAAAGUGGGUGCAGAUGGGAACUCUCAGCCAAUGACAGAAGUGGAUCUCUUCAUCUCCACUCAGAGGAUUAAAGUUCUCAACGCGGACUCGCAGGAACCGAUGAUGGACCACGCACUGCGCACCAUCUCAUACAUCGCGGACAUCGGUAACAUCGUGGUGUUGAUGGCCCGGAGACGGGUCCCCAGAGCAGCUUCCCAGGAUUGUAUUGAGACCACCCCUGGAAGCCAGGAAGGCAAGAAACAGUACAAGAUGGUGUGCCACGUGUUUGAGUCGGAGGAUGCCCAGCUCAUUGCUCAGUCCAUUGGUCAGGCCUUUAGCGUGGCCUACCAGGAGUUUCUGCGAGCCAAUGGCAUAAACCCCGAGGACCUGAGCCAGAAGGAGUACAGCGACAUCAUCAACACCCAGGAGAUGUACAACGACGACCUGAUCCACUACUCCAACUCUGCCAACUGCAAGGAGCUGCAGGUGGACAAGCUGAAGAGUGAGAUAUUUGGGGUGGUGAUCGUGGAGUCGGGGUGGGGGUCCAUUCUGCCCACGGUCAUCCUGGCCAACAUGAUGAACGGUGGUCCAGCUGCUCGCUCGGGCAAACUCAGCAUCGGUGACCAGAUCAUGUCCAUCAACGGCACCAGCCUGGUGGGGCUGCCACUCGCUACCUGCCAGGGCAUCAUCAAGGGGCUGAAGAAUCAGGUUCAGGUGAAGUUGAACAUCGUGAGCUGCCCGCCAGUCACCACUGUGUUGAUUAAACGUCCCGACCUCAAGUACCAGCUGGGCUUCAGUGUCCAGAACGGCAUCAUCUGCAGCUUGAUGCGAGGGGGCAUCGCGGAGCGUGGCGGCGUGAGAGUGGGGCAUCGAAUCAUCGAGAUUAAUGGGCAGAGUGUCGUGGCAACCGCCCAUGAGAAGAUCGUCCAGGCCUUGUCCAACUCCGUGGGAGAGAUUCACAUGAAGACGAUGCCUGCAGCCAUGUUCAGGCUCCUGACUGGACAAGAAACACCGCUGUACAUCUGACGGUGGGCGUCCCUGAACUAGAUGGUGAACAAGAACUCCAGCAAACCAAGUCGACACUCUGGGGAUGAGGAUGAGUAGAAUAAAGACAAUGCCAGUUGCUGGUGUGUCCUGUGUGUGUGGCGUGUGUGUGUGGCGUGUGUGCAUACACGCGUGCCCACUCCUCGUGUCUGCGUCUUGUCAAUCUGUGUCUGCACGUCGCUCCCCUGAUCCCCUACUUGUUACGGCUGCUCCCAGAGGCAUCAAGCAGCCCCUGCCCCUUGCCCUCUAGCCCCCUGCCUCCAUGCCUCUAGCCCCCUGCCCCCCCCCCCCCACCGGAAGUUCAGAAAACACUGCGUUUUUUAAAUCAGUUCCAGUUUCGUUCCAGUCUUUGAAGACAAAUGUCACUGCCCGUGAUGUGGAUGUGCAAUAAUUAACUCAGUGACAGCCUGUUACUGUUAAUGUCGAGGACACGGAAACCAUGACAGUUGACUGACACUGAGCACUUGGCUGCUCGCUUCUCAUGGGGCAUUCCUCUGUAUAUUUACCUCCUCUCUGUGUGCAAAUGUUGGUGUACGUGGUCGAUGGACACAGCAGAGGUGGCCUGUGUUUGUGCAGCGUGUGAUGUUGCUGGUGGGAACGUUGGUGGUAUUGAGUCUUUACCGUUGUAUCUUGACGUGCUGUAGCUGCCGCGAGGGGCGGGGUCUUUGCCGUUAUCCCCCUCGAUGGUGCAGUUGCAACAGGACAGAUUCUGCGGGCAGUGUUUUAGCAACGUAUGAAGUUGGAGGAACACAAUCGCAAAUAAACGAUGUUGGUGCUGA